AGUGUCAUGUUGUUGUUUUUUGGCGCGAAAUUCCUCACCGGAAGGUUCCGUAGAGAAGGCGCAUGAGAAUGAGAACGUAAACAGCGCUGCUUUUGGGAUUUAAUUUCGCGUUCUUGUGAUUUUUGCACUGCGGUUUGACUUUCGGGAGUGUUGUAGUAGCCGAACUGAAUCCUUGACGUUCACUCUUCCGUUAUCUUUUGUUUGAGGCGAGUGUUCCGGUGUUCCGGUGUGUCGGUGUGUCGGGAUGGCAGACGGACUGUCAGACGCCAGUGAUCUGAGCGGAGGAGAGGAGAGCCAGGAGGAUGUGAUGACCCCAGCGGAGCUCAUCGCCAAACUGGAGGAGGCUUGGCUGAAUGAGAAGUUUUCUCCAGAACUGUUGGAGAACAAGUCAGAGUUGGUGGAGUGUGUGAUGGAGCAGCUCACGCACAUGGAGGAAAAUCUGCAGCGGGUGAGGAAAGGUGAUGUGAAGGCCAGUGUGCAUCGCAUGGAGAUCGAUCGCAUCCGCUUUGUUUUGAGCAGCUACCUGCGCUCAAGACUCCAGAAGAUAGAGAGGUUUUUCCCUCACGUUUUGGAGAAAGAAAAGUCACGUGCGGAGGGAGAUCCUUCAUUUCUCUCUCCUGAAGAGUUUGCCUUUGCUAAAGAGUAUCUGGCCAACACAGAGGUGUAUCUCCGAAACGUGGCUUUGAAACACAUGCCUCCGAACCUGCAGAGCAUUGACAUGCUGAAGGCUGUUCCUGAGCCGUGUCUGGACUCGUUUGUGUUCCUGAGAGUGAAAGAGAGGCAGGAGAAUAUCCUGGUGGAGCCUGAAACAGAUGAGCAGAGGGAGUAUGUUGUGGACUUGGACGAAGGGUCGCAGCACCUGAUGCGUUACCGGACUAUAGCACCUCUAGUGGCCAACGGUGCAGUGCAACUUAUUUAAACCUGCAGAUCCUCAGGAACCGAAUGAAGAUGCCACAAAGGGACAGAUCAUCUGUGUACUACACCCUUACAUGCUAGAUGGCCAACUGUGGACAUCCGUCUGCCUCAAUCAUACUGUCCCAGCACCAUACACAUCCUGUCUGGACCCUGACCUCGUCCAUAUGUUUCAAUCUAAAAGAUUUCUAUUUUAAAAUGACACAUUUAAAAUGAUUGCGUUUGAAAGUAAGAACAAAAUACUAAUCUAUAAGAACACAGUCUUCAGUGUAUUCUCAUUAUAUGGAUUGUCUUGGGUUACUGGUAAACUCCCUGCAAUGUUUCAUUACAUAUCGAUGGCUUGGUUAUUACAGUCUCUGAUCAGAAACUGGUGAACCUGACACUCUUGCUCUGAAACGGAAGCUGUGGUUUCCUCUGUAAGUGGGAAGUUGUUGGUUUGGAUGUGUGUGGUCGUUUAAAGUCACUGGGUUUUUGCUGGUGUGUUAGAAUAAAUGUAUUAUUUAUGUUUC